GUGACCGCGGGUGCCGGGGGCAGGCUGGAAGCCUGCGGGGUCCUGGCAGAGGAACUCCACCCCACGCCCCGGCGGCGUGGCCAGCCGGGCACCGGGGCAAGGCGUCUUAGCGUGGAAGGACAUUACCUGCCGACCAAGUCUCCUUCCCCAUCACAGCCUCCCGUUUAGUAUUUUCGGGAGAAGGACAGCCUUGUUUUCCGAAAUGCUUUGCUCGCAGACUGCUGGACCAGGCUGCGAGAGGAAGUUGUCGGAUCCCAGCCGCCAGCCGAGCACAUCUGGAAGUGGUUUCAGGGCCCGCCUCGCUCUGCCAGCGCGACGCCGGGUUCGCAGCUGCUUUGCGCAGCGGUGGAGGAAACCCGAGCGCUCCGUAGUCAACGCAAGCAAAGGGGGGUGUGGGUGGGGGAAGGAAUAUUCUUUUGGAAACGUAAUAUUGGCCUCGAGGCUCUCUCUCCAGCCCUCUGGGACUUCCAGUGGGAUCUUAGAAGCAGCCGAAGCAGCGUGAGGGCAGCAGCCCAAGGCCGGCCACGAUUGGAACGCUCGGCCCUGCAGCUCUUCUGGACGGACGAGCCCAAAGCCCUACCCUCACCAUUCACCAGGUCACGGUUCAUUAUCCACGUGAACACACAUGGCUCUGUUACGGAAAAUAAACCAGGUGUUGCUCUUCCUUCUGAUUGUGACCCUGUGUGGGAUUCUGUAUAAGAAAGUUCAUAAGAGGACUGUGAUCAAGAAUGAGACAGAUGUUGAAUCCGAGACCCCCGAAGAACUGGAAGAGGAGAUUCCUGUGGUGAUUUGUGCAGCAGCAGGGAGAAUGGGCGCUGCCAUGGCUGCCAUCAACAGCAUCUACAGCAACACUGACGCCAACAUUUUGUUCUAUGUGGUCGGACUCCGGAACACUCUGUCUCGAAUACGAAAAUGGAUUGAACAUUCUAAACUGAGAGAAAUAAACUUUAAAGUCGUGGAAUUCAACCCUACGGUCCUCAAAGGGAAGAUCAGACCAGACGCCUCGAGGCCUGAAUUGCUCCAGCCUCUGAACUUUGUUCGAUUUUAUCUCCCUCUCCUUAUCCACCAACACGAGAAAGUCAUCUAUUUGGACGAUGAUGUAAUUGUACAAGGUGACAUCCAAGAACUGUAUGACACCACCCUGGCCCUGGGCCAUGCGGCAGCUUUUUCAGAUGACUGUGACUUGCCCUCCACUCAGGACAUACACAGACUUGUGGGGCUGCAGAAUACGUAUAUGGGCUAUCUGGACUACCGGAAGAAGACCAUAAAAGACCUUGGCAUCAGCCCCAGCACCUGCUCUUUCAAUCCUGGUGUGAUUGUUGCCAACAUGACGGAAUGGAAACACCAGCGCAUCACCAAACAAUUGGAAAAGUGGAUGCAAAAAAAUGUGGAGGAAAACCUCUAUAGCAGCUCCCUGGGAGGAGGGGUGGCCACCUCCCCAAUGCUGAUUGUGUUUCAUGGGAAAUAUUCCACAAUCAACCCCCUGUGGCACAUAAGGCACCUGGGUUGGAAUCCAGAUGCCAGAUACUCGGAGCAUUUUCUGCAGGAAGCUAAAUUACUCCACUGGAAUGGAAGACACAAACCCUGGGAUUUCCCUAGUGUUCACAACCACUUAUGGGAAAGCUGGUUUGUUCCUGACCCUGCAGGGAUAUUUAAACUCAAUCACAACAGCUGAUAUAACUCAACAUUUAAAAUAUUCCCUGUGUAAAAAUGUGGAAUGAUCCCUCUGUAGCCUACUACAUAUACAACAUUGUUCUUUAUGAACAGUACCUUUGAUACCUAUGAUCUACAAUUUACAAAACAAAAAGUAUUCUGUGCAAGUCAUCCCUUGGCCCAUACAGGCAUUGAAUUCUUUAAGUACAAGUGGUAAUUAUGGAAAUCAAGGUUAUGUGACUGAAAAACACUGUUGGAAAGAAUUAAACCCAUUUAGUUUAUCAGCAAUUUGCUUACUACUGAAUGACAAUUAUAUACAUAAAUUUUAAAACUUUCUAAAUAUAUUAAUAUUUUUCACAUGCAGGUAUUUUUUAACAGGUAGCCAAUCUUGUCUUUUGUAGAACUAGUACAUUUAAAAUGUGGAUGUCUGAAAAAUAAAAAUUCAUAGAUUUUUA